UUAGUUGUACCUGUCUCCUUCAGUUUCAUGUUUCAAUUAAAAACUUUUGUUUCCUAAAACAAGUGAUUGUUUCUGUUAAGCAGGAAAAGUGCACAUGGACAUAAUGAAGAUAUGGAGAAAGGAAACAUCACAGCUGUUUGACAUGCAGACAAUCAGAUUGAAGUUCAUUUUUGUUAUUCUUUGUCUUAUUACAGGUGAUAAGUGCAGGACAGUAACUGUUCAGACUGGUGGAUCUGUAAUUAUUCCAUGUCAUUAUGAAAGUAAAUACACACAACACAAGAAAUACUGGUGUUAUGAUGCAAGAGCAGCUUACAAUUACUGCUCUAUUCUGGCAUAUGCAAAUGAAACCAAAGGAGAUGUGUCAGUAAUUGAUCAUCCUGAUCAGAGUUUAUUUACUGUCACUAUGAGAGACCUGCAGGAGAAAAACACUGGAUAUUACUGGUGUGCUGUGGAAAUUUACAUUUUCACGGAUGUGGCAGAGUGGUUUUAUCUCAAAAUUCAAUCAGUUCCAGAUCUCUCUGUGAUGUCCAGCAAUGUAACUGUAGAUGAAGGUGGUAAUAUCAGUCUACAGUGUCUCUACACUUCUACAUAUAAGAAUGAAAGCAAACAGUGGUGCAGAUAUAAAGACAAGAGAUGUUACACAGUGGGAAGAUCUGACACAUCCCAGAAUGCAUCAGUUAAGAUCAGUGAUGAUGGGAGAGAAUCUUUGACUGUGAUGAUGUCUGGACUGAUGAAGAGUGAUUCUGGCUGGUAUUUCUGUUCUGUGGGAGAUCUACAGGCUCCUGUUCAACUCACAGUCACUGUUGCUGUAAGAGAUCUACAGGCGUCUGUUGAAUUCACUGUUACAGAAGCAACAUCAGCAGUGACUUCAGACAGCAGUUCAACAAGAGACAUACAUAAAUCUCUAUCUACAUUAAUAUCAAUUCCCAAUAACAGAGUUCAAGCACCAAGCGGUGAAGGGCAACAAAAUAAACAGUAUGAUCAUCUAAAGAUGUGGCUUCUACCCAUCGUUCUGCUGCUGAUUCUGGUUACUGUGACAUCUGUAAUACUGAGAAACAAACACAAAAGAAAAAACAAUCACAUUUCACAUGAGAAAAAAGAUGAAGUCAGUGAUGAAGACGGCGACGUUAAUUCAUCCUCAGUAAAUCCUGAAUGUGAUGUGAUUUACAGUUCUGUCAAUAAACUUCCCAAGACUGACGCAUGUGGAUCAGCAGAUGUAGAGGAAACUGUGAUCUACAGCUCUGUGUGUGAAUAGGUGUUUGAUCUGGAUUAAAUACUGAACAAAAUAUGAACACAGAUGCAAGAGCUUGCAAGUCACCAACACAGAUAAAGUUGUUUUGAAAAGAUGACAUUAUGAAAUAUUUCAUUAUAUGAGAUAUCCGCCUCUAGAUUCUCUACAGUACAAUACAGUCUAAAUAGAUUUGG